AUGUCUGUGAGCAUGGCUGAGAGAAAGAAGAGCGGGUGCGGAUACUUGCAGCACGCGCUCAGCAUCGUGGUCGUCGGGGCCAGCGGUGACCUCGCCAAGAAGAAGACCUUCCCGGCGUUACUGGACCUCUACCGUCAUGACUUCCUCCCCAAGAGCGUGACGAUAUGUGGUUACUCCAGGUCCAAGAUGUCCGACGAGGACCUGCGCACGAAGAUCAAGCCUUACCUGGUCAAGAAGGAUGCUGCACCGGACCCUGUCGUCGAAAAAUUUCUCGGGCGCGUCUACUACCGUUCUGGGGGUUAUGGCUCGGUCGAGGCCAUGAGCAAGAUGGUCGCAGACCUCGAGGUUUGGGAAGGGCAAACCGGCGACGCGUCACUUAUCGUCGACCCUGAGAGCAAAACCGUCAAGCACGGGCAUAGGGCGGCCAACCGUGUGUACUACUUCGCGAUCCCGCCCAACGUAUUCCUCGACACCGCGGCGUCAAUCAAACAAGUGGGCUUGAGCGCCACGGGCUUCACGCGACUUGUGGUCGAGAAACCCUUCGGCCACGACUACGAUUCUGCCCUCAAGCUGACCGACGACCUCGGCGCACACUUCGACGAGUCGUACGUGUACCGUAUUGACCACUACCUCGGGAAAGAGAUGACCCAGAACCUGCUCGUCCUACGGUUCUCCAACACCAUGUUCGAGCCCAUCUGGAACCGCGACUCCGUGCAGAGCGUGACGUUCACCUUCAAGGAGAACUUUGGGACGGAAGGCCGAGGGGGAUACUUCGACAGAUAUGGGAUCAUCCGAGACGUGAUCCAAAACCACCUUAUGCAGGUGUUCACGCUCAUCGCAAUGGAGCAGCCGAUUCGCGUCUCGGGCAGCGGUUCCGCGGACUACGUUCGUGAUGCCAAGGUGGCCGUGUUGAAAGCCAUCGAACCUGUCCGUGCGGAGAACGUAGUCCUUGGACAGUACCUCGGGAGCGAUGACGGAACACAGCCUGGGUACAAGGACGAUGCCGGGGUGCCGGACGACUCGAACACGCCUACCUUCGCCACGUGCGUGCUGUUCGUCAAGAACCGGCGGUGGGACGGUGUUCCCUUCAUCUUCAAGGCGGGGAAAGCCCUCAACGAGACAAAGGCCGAGGUGCGUGUGCAGUUCAAAGACGUACCUUCAGGCUCGUUCCUUUUCGACGACAAACCUCUCCCGCGAAACGAGCUCGUGAUGAAGCUCAAGCCGGAGGAGUCGAUCUACUUCAAGACCAACGUCAAGGCGCCGGGCCUGGCCAACAAGCCGAUCCAGUCCGAGCUCGACCUGAGCUACGGGGAGCGUUACCCAUCGCUGUACAACCCCGACGCCUACACGCGCCUGGUGCUCGAAGUGCUUCGGGGGAAGCAGGCGACCUUCGUGAGGAGCGACGAGCUCCUGGAGUCGUGGAAAAUAUUCACGCCGGUGCUGAACUUGAUCGAUGCCGGAGAGAUCCCGCCGCUGCCGUACAAGUUCGGCACCCGAGGCCCCGAGGAGAGCGACGAGCUCAUCGAGAAGAUGGGCUACACCUACAACAAGAACUACGACUGGGAAGAGGCCCACAAGGAACACAAAUGACAGUCCCGAGGGGGGAGGUUAGGGCGAUCCAAGCUGUGACGAUAAGGUUGGUCGGGGUUUGGUAGCCUAACACCCCCAAACCUUUUUUUCGCUUUUUCGCCAAAAGCUUGCGUUUUUUUUUUUGCGUCGUCUGGUGUACAUGCUCACGCCUAUUCUUUUUUCCGGCGGUGGGCAGGUUGACUAACGAUUUACUGGUGAGGAUGUUCAGGUCCCAGGACAGGUCAGGGGCAGCCCCGGCGACAGUCUGAUUCCAACUGCAGUUGUUGGGUGAUCAUCACCUCACCGGGUCUUCCACCGACCUUUCUUUGCCCUCCCUUGAAAGGGAUCGACGCCUGGAUUGCAAUUUGUAUGGUAUGCAUGUGCAUACGAUGGGUGCAUAAUUGGAUCAAAGGGCCACGAGGCUUUGUGAGGACACAACCGUUUUGCCUCUGAGUUCAUAAGAGUUUGGCGGACAGAAAGAAACUCACGGCUACAACAAGAAAAUAUUUUCGGAGAAAGAGAACCAAACGUCACGGAGGCGAAUUCGUCGUAUCGUAAGUAAGUUGGUGGGAUCAUGGUAACGCUUGCUUGUUUUGUCUUUGUGAUGGUGACGAGUUGACGUCAUGGUCUCGGCCAAGACUUGAGUUCGUUGUUGUUGGGAGCUAUGGGGUGGUAGAUAUUUACCAAGUACCAAUCAAUACGGUACGUGGUAGGAGUAGACCUGUUGCAUGUUGCGAACGGUGACGAUCGGUUAUGAUUCUUGUCGAGAAGUUGACAGAGCCGAUGUAUGUGUUGCGGGAGGGAUGCCGGCCUACCUAUGCAUACAGCCAAAGAUAGGUAAAAUAACAUCGAACGUAGAAUUUAUGGGAUCGGUGGUUUUCAAGAAGAGUUGAGAGACGUUUGCCAGCAAAUCGCGCGCUACGACGGGACGGGAAAGGCAGUGCGGUAUCGUAUCGUCCUCCUGACGGGCGUUUGAACAAUCCAUUCUGAAUUUAUCGGG